GUUCCAAAGAAGUGCCGAUGCAUUACACCGAGUACGUGAAGUGGGCGGAGAAAAACAAAGGCCUGGAUGCAGAGGCCGCCCUCGCCCAAUGGAAGGAGUACGAGAAGAGUGAAGACAUCGAACGCGACGAACUGGGGCCAGCCCAUUCGAAGCUACGAUUGUUUGUUCCAACAAAGGAUUACAUUCUCCGUGAAGACAUCAGCGGCUAUUCCAAGGAGCGAGAGCUGCUGUCAAAGGCGAAAAAGAACCCGAAGGAUGCCGACAUCGACGGUGCGGAUGAGCAGAUGAAUGCCGGGGCACCACGAUGGUCGGAUGAGCACUUCAGGAUCAAUGGCAUCAGCGGUGGCACUCGCAACAGCUUCCUGUUUCAGUCCGGACAAGCUGGCGCCUCGAGCAAGCCAGUGUUCCAGGAGACCCCCACCAAGGACCCCAAGUUUGAGAAGGAGGACGACCCGAGAAAACAAGAGAAAGAUGCCAGGGGCCUUGCGAGAAAACGUAGCAAGAAGUACGAGGAGCUGCAGAAAGCGUUGGGGCGUUCCGACGACGACUGCAAGAAGGCGUUGACGGAGGGAUAUGUCAAGAUCGUAGCGUUCAAGGAGCAGAACCAAGAGGACCUUGACUCCUACCAGCACUUUCUCAAUCUUGCCGAGGUGAAGCUUCGGGCUCUGGGGUCUCUUAUUGGCCAGGCUGGGGAUGGCUCAAAAGCUGUGACCUUGCAGGACCUGAAGGCGGGGCUUAGCGAGGAGGAGCUGACCUACCUCCCCGUAAGUUUGGAUCAUCUGUUGCAGGUCGAUGCUGUGAAGAAGAAGUUGCAGAGGCUGUUGACGCGCACGACGAUGGAUGACGUGGAGGUGCUGAGGAAAGAGAUCAGCGCCGACAUCAAUCAGAUCCGGACUUUGUGCUCAGCAUUCAAAAGCAGUGUCAAUGACUUGCUCACGGCAAAGACAUCGCGAAUUCGCGACCAGGCUCGGGCCGAGCAGCGGGAGAAGCGAAAGGCCGACAGCCAACCGCUCCGAGAUGCCAAGAAGACCAAGAAGGAGACGGAUGAUGCAGCAUUGGCAAAUCGAGCCCAGGAAGCAGGCCAAGGUCGUCGCAUUGAUCUGCUGGAUGCGAAGUACUUGACUUCCGUUCCCAGCAGAACUGAGCCUCUCGGCAAGGACGACUGGAAGAAACCAUGGUACUUCAAGGAGGUUGCCGAGGCUCCCGAGCUGAAGAUCCACGUGGAGAGUGAGGCAUUCCAGACGGAUCUCCGCAUGUUCAAGAAGCUGUACAAAAGUUCGCCUGUGUACGAGAGGACCGGCCGUGCACAAUGCCCAACCCGGCCGAAGGAGGUUGCCGAAUCGAUCAGGAAGUUCCUCAUCAAAUGCGGGUACCCGAUGCAGGAUGAAAAGAUUGCGUCAGCAUCCUCGACUAAAUCCGGAGACAUGGUCAGCACGUUCGCGAUGCGUGAGAACCUCACCUUCGUUGCGAGCGAGUUUGAGUGCAUGGGGCAGCUCAGGUUGUUGCUCGAGGGCAGUCGCCAGGUGAUCAUGAUAGCGGCGGCGGAGCUAUUGGACUUGGCCAAAGGCUUGGGCAAGAACAUCGGAUCUGAUGAGGCUGCCUACCAGUACUUCCGUUCGUUGUCAGCGUCUGAGUUGGACAAAAGCGACCCGAAGCCGACCAUCUACUCAGCUGAGACGAAGACGGGGGACAUGCUCUUCACCCCGGCAGGCUACAUUGUGGCCGACGUCACCAAAGACACAUGUUGCAUGGGUCUGAGAACGACUGUGCUGUCAAAGAACGACAUCUUGGACGGCAACGUGGAAAGAUUGCUUGCGUUGUCAUCGCAGUCAGGCGGCCGCAAAAAUGCAGAGGCCUUUGUGGAAGCCGCCAAGGCAUUGCCGUAG